GCACAUGGGUGGGUGUUACUUUGUGAUCUCAGAGACCCAUCUCUGUUUCUAAUAAGUGGAGUGUGCAAGAGAGAGAAAGAGCAGAGAGAGAAGAGAGCAGAGAUGGCAGGGAGGUCUUGUUACAGGGAUGCCUUGCCAUUCAUGGCCAUGGUGACUAUGGAGUGCACGAACGUGGGCUUGAACACUCUCUUCAAAGUAGCCACUUUGAGAGGAAUGAGCUACCAUGUCUUUGUUGUCUAUUCUUACUCUGUAGCUGCUCUUUUUCUCCUUCCAGCACCCUUCAUCUCUAACAGAUCAAGGGUGCUUCCUCCGCUCAACUUCUCCAUAAUGUCUAAAGUUCUUCUUCUUGGGCUUAUAGGGAGUUCAUCUCAGAUCAUGGGGUACACAGGCAUCAAUUUCAGCUCUCCAACUCUUGCUUCAGCCAUCAGCAACCUUGUGCCUGCUUUUACUUUCAUUCUUGCCAUCAUUUUCAGGAUGGAAAGUGCAGCCUUGAGAAGCAGUAGCAGUCAAGCCAAAAUCUUGGGUACAAUAGUUUCACUUGCAGGUGCAUUUGUGGUAACUCUCUAUAAGGGCCCACUAAUUGUGUUUGCUAAUCAAUCACCGUCUACUUCACAUCACCAACCUCUUCUAAACUCAACAACACCAACAAACUCAAACUGGGUCCUUGGUGGCCUUCUGCUAACAGCUGAAUAUAUAUUGGUACCACUGUGGUACAUCGUUCAGGCACAAAUUAUGAAAGAGUACCCGAACGAAUUUACUGUAAUUUUUUUCUACAAUGUAUGCGUGGGCGUUGUAGCUGGCGUUGUUGCUCUGAUUACAGAACCAAAUUCCAGUGCUUGGAAGUUGAGACCGGAUGUUGCAUUGGUCUCCAUUUUGUGCUCAGGGUUAUUUGGGUCAUUUUUGAACAAUACUGUGCACACAUGGGCCUUGCGCUUGAAGGGACCUGUCUAUGUGACAAUGUUCAAGCCUUUGUCAAUGGCCAUUGCUGUUGCCAUGGGUGUCAUCUUCCUUGGUGACACUCUUCAUCUUGGAAGCCUAGUUGGAGCAACAAUAAUAUCGAUCGGGUUUUAUACGGUGCUGUGGGGAAAAGCAAAGGAAGAGGCUGUUGAAGACUCUGUAGCUGAAAGCCUGGAAGCCCCAUCUUCCCACAAGGCCCCAUUAUUGCAAAAGUAUAUUAAAAACGACAAGAUGUAAUAGAUCAAACAUUUGCAAAUGUAAAUAUGUGUGAAAGUCGGAUACAAGAUGUUCAACGCCUAUUUGCUUACUAGAACUGUUGAACAUGAUUAAUUCUGGUUGGAGAACAUCAUUGCAGAUGUUGUAAAUCCCCAUGUGACAAAAGCCCGCCCUCUCAACAGACAGUAUUUCUAAGACCGAAAACUUAAAGCCUCAAUCUAUGUUGAAGAAUGACACAAAAGAGGACUUGAUCCCUUGAACUUCACCAGCCCCUGGGAAUUUUAUGGGUUUUUCCGAAAGGAUGUUGAAAUAAGGUUUUGGGA